AUGCAGCAGCAAAGCGAUAGUUGCGACGCCCCUCGGUGUACCGGUGGGUGCGGAUUCUUUGGCAACGCGGCAUGCCAUGGCAUGUGCUCUGUGUGCUGGAAGAAGAGCGGUACCAAAGCUCCGUCGAGCGCGCCGUCCCCGCCUGCGACUGAUCAAGUGAUCGAGCCAGAUACCGUCGUCAUAGCAACAGGAACGACCACGGGCGACACGAUGGUGGAGACAACGACUGCGGAGGCAGGAACAUCAUCGACGAACGACGAAGCUCCUCCCGAGAAACCAGUGCAGACAAACAAGUCCAGGUGCUGGGAAUGCAAAAAAAAGAUCGGCCUUACAGGAAUCGAGUGUCGGUGCGGCUUCGUGUAUUGCGGGAUACAUCGGUACGCUGACCAGCACGAGUGUACGUUCGACCACAAGGCCGCCGAUAUCGCUGAGCUUGCCAAGCGCAAUCCUGGCGGGGGGCACUUCAACAAGGUGGAGAAACUCUAGAUUACGAACAACCAUCAUCUCUAAAUCCACGCCGCAACCAUGAAAAACGAGUACUUCAUAAUUUGUACUAGAAAACAGAGGCA